UAGAAAAGAUAUUGCACUGUGGUACUUGUAAAAUUCACUAAAGGAGAUUUCCAGUGGAGAGAGGCCCAGACCAUGCCAACGGUCGAAUGGAAUCGUAUAAAACCUUCUAGAUUGAAAUAGAAACCCUGAAUCUCCAGGGUUGCUAGCUAGAAACGGUCCGUACACUUCAAGUGCAAGCCCUAGUUUUCCACUCUCUGUAAAUUUAACCAGAAAUGGAGCGACGAGAAGAGCAAGAACAAAAACAGUUGAUAUGGAAAUCGGAGCCGGAAUCAAUGGUUUCGAUCACAAUCGGCAGAACCAUGGCUACUCUCCUGGCUGCCCGUCCCAAGAAACUCCACCACUCCAUUUCUCGCCUCUCGCCUGACUCCUCCAUCAAAUCCUCGCUCGAUUCUUUGGAUUAUUCGCUCUGGUUUCUUCACAAGUACGUUAGAGAUGCAGCUCAGAGAGACGGGAAUUUGGAUGAGAUUCUCGUUCCCAUAAUUCAGCACUCAUUGAAGUACAAGGACUCAAAGCAUGACAAUCAACCUAUGAUACUUCUCAAUUGGCUCUUCCAAGAUGAGUUUCUUUUUCAAGCAGUUGCAAUGAAUCUUGCAAAUAUAAUUACAAGGAAAGAUGACCGGUAUAUAGCUUUUGGUUGGUGUACUCUUGUGCGAGGGCUCAUGGAGUACGAAAAUGUUAUGGAUCAAUAUUUGUUUAAUGGAAUAAAGGAGAAGUAUAGUGCUUUGUUGAAGAUGCUUUGCACUUGUAUUCCGCACUUAUCAUGUAUUGCCCGUAAAGGAAGCACUUUGCAGGAUAAAUUUGAGCUCCCUUCACGCCUUUCAGUGGCUGCUGCAGAUUGUUUGUUGACAUUAACUGAAGGGCUGACAAAAAAACCUAUGCUAAGUAGCAGAACUAAAUCGUUGAAAUCCAGUGAAUCCAAUCCGCCAGUUAGUCUAUUAGCAUCAAGCAUUGAUGAGAGAAAAAUAAGCACAGUUCAUAAAUCUUCUGAAGUCCUAAACGUGGGCAUGGAAGAUUUGUUUUGGGAUUAUCUACAGGAUCUCAUUUACCUAGUGGAGAGACUUCUUGCCUGGAGCAGAAAAAGUCGUCCAUUGCACACUAAAGGAUUGGAGCAAGUGCUUAAGUGGUUGAAGGAGAUACAAGUGCAUUAUGGUGGCCUUCAAGAAGAGGCUCAGAUUCUAAAAACAAGAGCAUUGCUACUCUCUUCAUGCUGGAAGCAUUAUGGCAUGCUAUUACACUUGGAAGAUAAAAAAUUUAAUAAGCAGUACAAGGAAUUAUUGGACCAGUACUUGUCGGGCAUCCAGUACUAUUCAAAUAACUAUGUUGAGGGGCAUGCUGAGAGCAAAGAUGGUGGUAUAGAGACCAGAAAAUUUUUCAUAAAUUGCUUAUGCCUUCUGCUUGGGCGUUUUGAUGGGAAACAACUUGAAUGUGUAUUGUUAGAUUAUGGAAAGCAGAUAUCACAUGUGCUUUUAUCGCAGCUUCAUUGCAAUGAUGAAGAUGUAAUAGAUGGGGUUGUCCACAUAUUCAAGGUUAUCAUUUUUAAGACAAAUAAUUCAUCUGGAAGCACUGUAACUGACACCAAUCAAAUGGACUCUAUGGUACCAUUGCUACUUCACCUUCUUGAUGAGCGAGAUGCUGCAGCUAGAGCCGUUGUUAUGCUCAUUGCAGAAUACUGCUCCAUAAGUACUGAUGGUCACUGCCUUGAGGAAGUUCUUAAGCGGCUAGAUUCUGGCAAUGCUAUUAAAAGAAGGAACGCUUUUGAUGUUAUAUCAGAACUGGUUCAUAUAUCAAAAGAUUCAUCACAUAAAGCUCAUCACUCAACCUGGCAAGUUAUAGCAAAUCACUUACUGGGGUGUCUUGAAUAUGAAGAAGCUGCUAUCCAGGAGCAAACACCCAAUUUGCUUCCACUGAUUGACCCAUCAUUUGUGUUACCUGCAUUAGUUCAUCUUGUUUGCUUAUCAGAGGAAAAAGCACAAGCAGCAGCUAGUGAAGCUUUAUUUAGAGUGCUCAAACACCAUAACCAGAAACCUGAAGUUAUAUGCAUGAUGCUUGACAGUCUUAGAAACCUCAGUCAGGACCAAGCUGAUGCAGAAGCUGGAGCAUGUAUGGGGAAAGGAUCAAACUUCGACUGCAAUCGAGUGCUAAGGCUGAUCCCAGAGUGGUCAAAAACUGUUGAGGACUGGAAUGCAUUGAUUGGACCCCUGAUUGACAAGAUGUUUGCAGAGCCAUCAAAUGCUACUAUUGUCAGGUUUUUGAGCUGCAUAAAUGAACAGUUAGCUGAAGCUGCAGAUGUAGUCCUUUCCCGUGUUGUUUUUCAAAUGAAAGGUCAGAAAGGGAUUGAUGAAGAUUUCUUUUCUAGAUGGGAGACUAAAACUUGUCCAAGUGAUGACUCCAUGAGAAUGCAGCAAUCCUUGUUUGAGCGACUUUGCCCUUUACUUAUAGUUAGGCUACUUCCAUUGAGAGUAUUUAAUGAUCUCAAUUCCUCUGUUGUGUAUGGUCAGCUUCGUAAUGCGCCUUUUAUGCAUGAAUAUGGAGAUGUCAGCGUCACUGGUGAUGAUAGUGUUGUUGCUUUCCUUGUAAAUAGAGCAUUUAGUAGGUUCGAGUUUGAAGAUGUAAGAAAACUUGCUGCUGAGCUUUGUGGGCGCAUCCAUCCUCAAGUUCUGCUUCCACUUGUUUGCUCGCAAUUAGAACAUGCCACUGAAUCCCGGGAUAUAUUGAAGAUUAUAGCUUGCCUAUUUUCAGUCUGUACAUCCCUUGUGGUGCGAGGAAAGGAGUCCCUUGUGCAUCCCUUUAUUCUUCAAAUCUGGAGAACUAUUAAAGUGAUUCUGUUAUGGCCAUCAUCAGAUGGAGAUCAAGUUUCCAAAGCACAACAUGGUUGCAUUGAUUGUCUGGCGCUGAUGAUAUGUGCCGAGUCACAAGCUCCUGAAUCGUUCGAAAAUUGCACCUCAUGGAAGAGAAACAUUGCUGGGAAGAAAGGCAAUCGUGGGAAUGCUAUCACAGAAUUCUGUGCCCUCAGAAAUGUGAUCAGCCAGUUAAUAAAUGAUGAAAGUGAUAUCUCUGGGUCCAAGUUGCCAUAUGAAAACUGUGAACCAGUUCCUGUUCCUUUUCGUCUGUGCAUGGCUAAUGUUCUCAUCAGUGCUUGUCAGAAGAUAUCUAACUAUGGGAAAGAACCCCUAGCAAAGACGAUUCUUCCAUGUUUAAUUGAUUCAGUUGAGGUAGAAACUCAACCAGAGAUUAGAGCUGCAUUCAUCCAGGUUAUGUUCUCUGCUGUGUAUCAUCUGAAGUUGGCAGUUCUUCCGUAUUCCCGUGACCUCCUCAAACUUUCUCUGAAAUUUCUUGGAAAGAGAUCAGAACAGGAAAGGAUGGCUGCUGCAAAGCUUAUGGCUUCACUUAUGACUAGUGAAGAUCCAAUUUUGGAGAGUAUAUCUCAUGGAUUAGUAGAAGCGAGGUCUGUACUUUCUGAUAUAGCUUUGAAUGAUCCGUCAUUUGACAUUCAACAACUUUGUAAAAAGUUGGCAACAUGCAUUACUUCUACAUAGCUUCUCCUUGACUAGGAAAAGCAUACAUCACCAUGUUAUAUUAUGAACUAGAGUUAUCCUUGGUUCAUAGGUGUACAUUUAUGAGCAGAAAAAUUACAUAUCAUUCAAUAACAUCUGCAGCCCUAACAAUAUGUAGAUGUAUCGUCUUUAUAUGUAUCUGUGUAUAUAUAUUGCCUUUUAACCAUCUAAACAUGACAUAAGUGUGUUAAAAGUGGUCGAAAACAUCAAUUUGGUGAACAUCUAUGAUACCAAGUUAUCCCUCA